AUUCUUGAUUGGUUCUUACCCAUGACAAUGAUGACGUAAGGCGUCAGAGACGAUGGCUAAAUUGCUAAUCGGCUAAAACACGCAGAGGAACAACGUAAACUGGACAGCGGAUGAAUGGAGCCAGACAUUCUGACCUAUAAGCACGCAGUCACUGGCCCGCCAUUGGAUGAUGACAUCAGGGAGGCGGGAUCAGACGAGGAAGCGUUCCGUGGAUUUUCUCGCGGCCUUGCCGAUCCGCCGUUCCGCCUCAGGUUCGGCUUCCGCCACCAGUCGGAACCCUCGCCCCUCACCAACAGGUUCCGUGACGCCCCUGGAGAGGGGGCGGGAUUCGCCGCAUUCGGCGGGCAAGCGGCCCACCCGUGGUGUUGCGGCUUUGCGGGUGCCACGACAUCUUCGAACGUUCUAAAGGAGACGCGGGAUGUUAUCAUGGACUCGGAACCUGGACCGUCGCACCGCUGUCUCCAUCUCAAGACUGAAGACACGCCCCGGGUUUCCUCCGCCUCGGAGGAGCAGGACUCCAUCUCGUUGGAGGGACCUUCGGAAGACUCAGAACCCAACGUGUCAUCGCUGGCCUCCUUCGAGGACAGCACCGAUGAUGAACAGAUGAUGGAUGACGUGUGCUCCGCAUCUCAGGGAACGUGUCCUACCUCUAAUCUCUCCUCUAAAUUUUUCGCUGAUGAUUCCAGGGGUUGUCAGAGUCUCCCCCCAAGCGACAGCUUCGCUGAUUUCUGCUCAGCCGCGACACAGCAAGAUCUUGGCGAAACGUGGGCCCGCAUUAAUGACCGGGGUGACCACAUGCAGCAACUCCUCCAAGCGUCUUUUCCUCAGAUGGUUCUAAUAACUAAGCGGGGAAAAAAGGAGGAAGAUGAAGCAGAAGAGGUCCCCAACUUGGAGGCGUUACUUCGUCUUAAACAGCUCCUUGACUGUGAAAAGGGCACAGCUGAGCGUGCCCGUCCAGGAUUUUGUCUCCCGAGCCGCCAUGACCCAUGUGAUGCAACCGGCCUCAAAUUCAAGUGGGGCACUUCCCACGCUAACAGGACGCUCCUCAGCUGUCUCGGCGUGCUCGAUCAGCCGAAAAAGGACAGUUUUCCAACUCCCAUACUUGGACCUCUCUAUCAACCCAAUGCAACUGAUCAGUCCGGGCCUUAGCCAUUCUCAGGUGGUCCUCUUAGUUUUCACACUGUGUGCUGAAGCUAGGGAAGUUGCAGAUUCACACUUUUUUGUAUAUGUUUGUACACCUUUUGGUUCAUUAUAACAUUUAAACAAGGCCAAUAUUAAUGAUUCUUUGAUUUCAUUUGAUUUUCAAAAGAAACCACGUGGCUGUGAUAAAACUCGACAAUGCAAAAUCAAAAUGGUGCACUCCAACAGUCAGGACUUGUUUUUCAUCAGUUUAAACUGAGCAUUUUUGCUGAUCGAUGUAUUAUUUAUUUUCCAUUUGCUGAUACUGAAGCUUUUAAACGUACCAGCAUGCUAAUGGCUUGUCAAUGUUUGUCAUCAAAUAAGUUCUGUCAAAUAUUUUUUCCAUCCCCAUGAUAAGUUGUGCCUUUAUAAAGUAAGCUACCAAUUGUACUUCUUCCAAAACCCCAAGAAGUUACCUAUUUAUUUAUUUAUUUAUUUAUUUAUUUAUUUAUUUAUUUAUUUGUUUGUUUGUUUGUUUGUUUGUUCUAUUUUGGAUCUGGAUUUCCUUGACAAAUAUAUCUUUUUGUUAAGUCUUCAGGUUAACAGCUUGGCUCUAAAUGGCAUGCACUACAAGAAAUGUGUAUGGUAAAUACUGAAAUAAAUCUGAUUGAACUGAAUUAUGGAUUGUU